UAGUGUUAAAUAAACGUUAUAGCUUACUGUCAUAUGUGCAUAAUUAGUGUUUCCUUUGCUAUCCUAAUAGAUGGUAGAAAAUUAUUACGGGUUCUUCCAAACAAAAAAGUAUACUGUCAUCAUGACCCAGAUAAGCAAUGCCUACUGAACAUCUCUCCCGAAAACAUUUAUUUAGAAACUCGAUUAUAAUAUAAAUAAGUGCUACAAAUCUAUCAACGAUAUUUACAAUGAAACAGCAGAAAAAGAGGCCUUAUCCAGACAAACAGUUGGCCCAGUCCAUGGAGGAUUAUCUCGCUGCCCUCAAAAGUGCGGCGGCCACCAGGGAGUAUUACCAACAAAUUGCGUCGGAUGCCCAUGACCUGUUGUCGGGCAAACACAGCUGGGUGGCCACCUCCCAUGCUCGCCCCACGUACUGCAACGUCUGCCGAGAAGCGCUUUCUGGAGUCACGUCACAUGGGUACAGCUGCGUAGUCUGCAAAUGCAAAGUACACAAACGAUGCUCUACAAAAGCCAUCAGCAACUGCAAAUGGACCACAUUGGCAAGCAUCGGAAAAGACAUCAUAGAAGACAAAGAUGGGAACAUAUCAAUGCCACAUCAAUGGAUGGAGGGGAACCUGCCCGUCUCGGCAAAGUGUGCUGUGUGUGAAAAAACGUGCGGUUCCGUUCUGAGAUUACAAGACUGGCGAUGUCUAUGGUGCAAAGCUACAGUACACACCGCAUGUAGACCUGGUAUGUUGGAAGUCUGUCCUCUCGGCCCAUCACGGGUCAGCGUGGUUCCACCAACAGCAUUGCACAGUAUAGGUAGUGACGAGGCGUGGGAAGCUAUACGACCGCAAGACUGUUCACCUCUGCUCGUCUUUGUCAACUCUAAGUCUGGCGACAACCAGGGUGUUAAGUUCCUUCGAAGGUUCAAACAGCUGUUGAACCCAGCGCAAGUCUUCGACCUUAUCUCCACCGGGCCAGGGCUUGGAUUACGCUUAUUCCGUCACUUUGACCCGUUCCGGAUAUUGGUGUGUAGCGGAGACGGAUCUGUUGGAUGGGUGCUUUCAGAAAUUGAUCGGCUGAACAUGCAGAAGCAGUGCCAAGUAGGAGUGUUGCCGCUAGGGACAGGCAACGACCUGGCCAGAGUGCUGGGUUGGGGCUCGUCUUGUGAUGACGACACACACAUUCCCCAACUACUGGACAGAUAUGAGAAAGCUAGCACCAAAAUACUUGACAGGUGGAGCAUAAUGACGUUUGAGCGCAGCAUAUCCAUGGGAUCAUCCACCAAGUUGACGUUGAGCGGGGGAGUGACGGAGGAGACAGUCACAAGCAUGGCAGCGUACGAGGACUCGGUAGUGGCGCAUCUAGCUAAGAUACUCCAGUCUGACGACCAUUCUGAUAUAAUAGCUUCAGCUAAGGUGUUGUGUGAGACUGUCAAGGACUUCUCACUGAGAGCUGCAGACCUCAGUCUGGGCCAGGGAGACAGAGAGUUCAGUGAAAAAUGUCAAGUACUGCGGCACAAGCUGGACUUGCUGCUAGAGUCGCUUCGCGAUCAAGAGCAAUCGCUCAAAUCCCCAGAAAACCAAAAUGAACCACCAGAAAAAGAAGAUGUGAAUCAAGAUGAGGAGGAAAAACCAGUAAAGUUGGAAGAGGAAAAAGAUUCGGAAGAAAAUGAAGAGAAAGAGGAUGAUGAAGAUGAAAUACCAGUUAAGCUGGAACGCAAAGAACAGCUGGUGCGAAGAGCAGACAGUUUAAAGCGAGCGGUUCGUCAGUUGGUUGAACACACUGAAAAAAUGGUUGAUGAUCAAAACAAGCAACCAAACCAGAACCAGAAUCAGGCCGCGGGACCAAAAAUGGACACUCUUAAGGUGCUAGAAUCUCCUAGUGGUGACCAGAUGCCGGGGUUUUCUCGUCUGCCGUCACCUCUGCCCGACCUCCGCCGGGACUCUGCCUGUGAUGAGUUCACCCUGGUGUCCCUACCUGUACCUACCGAGUUUGCUGAUACCAGACGCAACUCUAGCACUGAUGGCUCGUCAGGGACACAAGAAGGUGAUGAAAGAAGACAUUCACUAACAAGACAGAUCUCAGUAGAUUUAGCCGUAGAUGUUAGAACCUCUGUGGAGGCUGCUGAAGACAAUGUACCUGACCCUACAAAAUGUUUCAAACGAAUAACAACCCCAGAAAUGUCUUUGGACAACGACGAAGGAGAAACAAUCGAGUUGUGUGUGACUGAAGCGGAUGACGAGGAGAAACUAAAAGACGGAAUACUAUCGGGCUUUAAAAUGUCUGAAGAUAUAGCAAAUAUCGGCCACAUUGACUCGUCAGAAACUUCCGACGACAGCCCAGAAGUUCCAAUGACCACUCACAAAGAAACAGAGAGAAAAAGGUCCUUGUCCGAAGACCGAGCUUUUGCUAAAACUAGACGAUACACACGCUUACCCGUCUGUGAUAGGAGAGAAGAAGACUUAGUCGAGAACGAUGCAACGAAUUUAAUAUCAACCUCACCUGAAGACGAUGAAGAUGACGACGGAUUCAGUGACGAAUUAGGGAUAAGACCAAAAGAAACCAAAAGGGCGAGUAUUGCUCACUUCGUCGAAGGCUUCGACAUCGGUAGACGCUCAAUAAAAUGCAGACAUCGAAAUGUUGAUGCAAAUUUAGACCCUGAAUCAGAGCCAGUUACAGACAGCAAGUUUCCUGGUUUACCUAUCAUUCAAAUUGACAAUCCUGAUGACGAAAAACCUGAUGAAGUACAAAGAAGUAUAUCCGACAUUGUUAAAGUUCAAAUCAAUGGCUCGAGCAGCAACCUUUGUUCGAAUGCAGAUUCACCAGUGACUUACCUAGGGGACAAUCUAGAUGUGGAACAUCGCAAGAGUCUUGCUCCAUCGGAGACCGAUGAUGAAGAGCUGGCUAGAUUCCAUGAGAUGACCAAAGGAGGUCUGCCCAAGUUCGGAGAAGGUCCAAUGGUGGUCAUUGACCCCCCCUCUCCCCCCACCAUCACACUGGAGGUGCCUGAGGAGGAGGGAGACUACAUGAGGAGACCCAGUUUUGAGUUUUGUCGGAAAUUAUCGGCAGCGUCACCGUCGUGUUCAUUGCUGCAGUGUUCACCGGCGACCUCUCGUAGGAUAUCCUCCGCCUCGUUGCUCCGUUCAGACUCCGCGGACCAACCGACACCUUCGUCUGAAUCCAGCAAACCUGUGGCUCGUGAGAAGAGGUUGCCUAUCAUCAACCCUCUAGUUCGACUACCUAUGUGGCCUAAUGUGUCAGGUGGGGCUGGCCUCAUCAGUCAAGCGUUGCUGGCCAACGCAGACGCUCUGUGUGCCGCAGCAGUGCCGCUCAUGGAUCCUGACGAGACACUCAUGGAGGGGUUUUUCGAGAGGUGUGUGAUGAACAACUACUUUGGUAUCGGUAUCGACGCUAAGAUUUCUCUUGACUUCCAUCACAAGCGAGAGGAACACCCUGAGAAAUGCAGAUCAAGAGCUCGCAAUUACAUGUGGUACGGAGUACUUGGCAGCAAGGAGUGGCUACAGAAAACAUACAAGAAUUUGGAGCAGAGAGUACAAUUGGAGUGUGAUGGACAAAGGAUUCCCCUUCCCUCUCUGCAAGGAAUUGUCAUACUUAAUAUUCCAAGUUUCAUGGGAGGCACUAACUUCUGGGGUGGUACGAAGGAGGACGACGUGUUCCUGGCUCCGUCAGUAGAUGACAAGAUACUGGAGGUGGUGGCAGUGUUCGGCUCUGUGCAGAUGGCUGCGUCUAGACUGAUCAAUCUACAACAUCACCGCAUCGCACAGUGCCAGACUGUACAGAUCAACAUACUAGGUGAUGAAGGUGUUCCCAUACAAGUGGAUGGCGAAGCUUGGAUCCAGCCUCCUGGGAUGAUCAGAAUCAUUCAUAAAAACCGCAUGAAGAUGCUUUGUAGAAAUAGGUCGCUGGAAGAGUCGUUGCGUACGUGGCAGAAGCAGCGGCAACAACAGUUACAACCAAGGCGUAACACAAUCAAGGAGCUGAGCUUUGCAGACGAUGAGAGUCAUCUGUUGCUGGCCUUUGUGGAAGCGUUGUCCUCUCUCAUCAAGUUCAUCAAGAGUUUAAUCACACGCUAUCCAUCAGUCAAGCCCGACAUUGAAGAACUUCUGGUCAAAUGUUCCGAAAACUUGGAGAAAGUGUACCAGGAUGGCAAACUGGUCAAUGGGGUGGAGUUGAGGCCUUUGGUCACGGAGCUGGUCUCCAGUGCCCGUGAACUCCACGAAGAGACUUGCAUCUUGCUACGAGACAAGGGUCAGGACUUGAGAGAGGAUUUGGCCAAUCAGCUGAAUCUGAUGUUGACGGGGAUGGAAGCAGAGUUUCAACACUGCAGAGUGACAACUUCGCAAGACUCGAGCCAUUCGUAUGUGUGCUUCCAACAACCCACAGCAGAUGAUCAGGAGAAGAAACGGUCUGCUGGAGGGAAAGGAUUGUUUUGGAAGCUGAGAAGAGAGAAGUCUAGGGGUGGAGCCAGUCGUGAGGUGGCAGGGUGGGGGGUGGCGGAAGUAUGCACUUGGCUUGAGUCACUACAACUGUCCGAGUACGCAGAGACGUUCCAGGCAAACGACAUACGCGGCCGAGAGCUUUUGACGUUGACACGGCGCGACCUCAAGGACCUCGGCGUCACCAAGGUCGGACAUGUCAAGCGCAUCCUACAGGCCAUCAAGGAGCUCAACAUGUGAUCUCGGAGUGUGUAAGCAGGUUGACAACGACCUGCUUUGCAGAUUCUUAACACCGACCGACAAUCUCUCUAUUUUGUUGGCUUAGUUUAAAACAAAUCAAAUUUGUUUGAAAAAUACUUUAUUAGACUGUUUAGUUCGUAUUUUAGGUACGCUUAAGAAUCUCAGUUAUGUUUGCUGUAUAUAAUUUGUUUGUUUUGUGAACAAACAACGUUAAUUUAUGUUUUAAACCUGUGCAAUAAGAGGUGCUAAAUUUCAAUGUUAAAUUUGUUUUUACGUUUUAUAUACAUUGUUUAUGUGUUACAAGAA